AAAUGGAACCUAAUCGUCAUUUAGAAGUUCAAUCGUUUUAUGUUGCUGCCAAAGAGCCAAUUUAUAAAAAAGAGGCUAAAGAAUACCUUCAGCAGAUGAGACUUCUUUUAUCUAAAAGAGAGUUGGCUGAGGAAGCUAACUACGUUUUUAGUGCGGCAAAUGCAUAUAGUAAUCGGAGUAGUUUGUUUUCAUUUGAUAGUACCAAACAAGAAUUUAGAGAUAAUGGCAGUGGAAAAAUUCCACUUGAAGAGUCCUUCAAUCAUUGUCUUCGGACUAUUGUUCCAUUGAUUGUUAACGAACAAAAGUUUAUGGCUGAUUUUUUUCAUCUUGCCAAAAAAGAUUCGAAGUCAUCAUUUUACGAUUCAGAAGUGUUCCUUAAGGAUUUGGAUGAUAAUGAAAGUGAAAUUAUGCAUAAAAAGCUUCUGCUCGAGCACAUGGAAAAGCUAUUCAAUUUUCUCCCAGAUGAAUUAUGCGCAUUUAUUGAUUAUGGAUGUAAGCUUGACACAGCCCAAAUAGUAGGAAUUAUUGUAUCUAUUGAAAAGCUCAUGCAUGAAGAUGAAAGACUUAACUACAAUUAUGUAAUUAAAGUGUUUCGAAAUGUCAGGAAACAUUGUCUUGUAAUUUUGGAACGAUUUAUUAAUGAGCAACUCAAAGCAAUUGAAGAUACUAAAGUUACUUCAAAGAAACGAAAAGGAAUAGUUCUGUUCAUUCGCAUAUUUCCGCGUUUUGUAGAGCGUAUAGAACAUUCAAUGAAUGGAGCGGAUCAACUUGAAAUACGCCAAAUUGUGAAUAGCGGCUAUGAAAAGAUUGUUAAAACGAUGUUUGAUUGUUUAGAAGCGAUUUCAAAAGACGAAGAGUCACCCGUUGAUGAUAGGGAACAGUUAAAUGCACAUAUAAUGACUUUAGAAAACAUGCACCACUUUUAUACUGAGAUUAGAACUCGUAAAAUAAUGGUUCUUGAACCAUUUAUGAGAUAUGCACGAAUUUCAUACGAUAGACAUUUAGAAGUUUAUGCCAAAUCAGUUGAAUUCUUUGAAGGAAUAGAAAGUCUUUUAAGAACGACAUCAGCGCCAGAAGAAGUUGGAUUUCGACUCAAAUACAGCAAAGAUGCUUUAAAGAAAGUUGUGUCACAGUACCCUGGAAAAGAAAUAAAAAAAGACUUGAAUUCAUUGUAUAAACGAGUUGACAAACAUUUUACGGAGGAAGAAGGAUUAUUACAAGUUGUAUGGCGAAGUAUAGAAGAAGAA